AUGCCAAACUCUCCCAACCGAACAAUGCGACCAAUCAACACAGAUCGAACUGACGACGCGGACGCAACCCACCCAGGCUUUCGAAGAAUCCGGAGAGAAUACAGACAGCGAGUUCCAACAAGACGAACCACUGAACAGCAAAAACGGCAAGUGUCACUUGAGCAAGAACCAGCACCCCACAUUGAAGCAAAAAAGAAAAAGGAACAAGAGGAAGGGGAGAGGAAUGACGGGAAUGCCCCAGAAGUUAUGGAUGAAGUCGGCGAGGACGAGGGUGGAGUCGAGUAUGAACAGGACGAACAGAGUGAAGAAGACAUGGCUGCAGAACAGGUGGAACGGGAAGUACCACAGGCUCGAGCGCAGGUGGAACCACACUACGCCCUUUAA